UUUCUAAUUAUAAAUGUAAAGCAAAAAUAUAUAUCUGCAUAUUAUACUGUCCUUUCGGAUCUAUCAAAGUUUGAGAUAUUCCGAGAUCUGUAAGACAUUUUGGGAAUACUUUACCACAAAAAGAACAAUGCAUUUCCAAAUACACCUUAUUGGACUUUUUAUUAUAAUCUCAACAACAUCGGGGAUGCUCCCGGAGGCUGGCCGGGCGAACUUAAUCGAACAGGCGGAAGCAGACACACCCGAAGCCGAGGAAGCGAUCGUCAACGAAUUCGAAAAGAAACUACUAGAUAUGUUUGGACUUACUCGUCGCCCGACUCCCUCAGGGGACAUGCCCGUCCCGCGGAUUAUGCAACACCUCUACAAAGCCCACAUGGGGGAUGAUUCCGACGGCCCCCACAGCUUGGUACCCACUUGGGAACCCGGGUUCGAUCUCCCCCAUGACGAGAUUGCGAGCCGAGUGAACACAGCAAGAAGCUUUCACCAUUUAGAAUCAGAGGAAAGACCGGAAUGGAUCGCAGACAACCACAUUCGCCUUAUUUUCAACAUUUCGUCCCUACCGGUCAACGAAGAGCUAAAAUUUUCGGAAUUACUGUUACAUCGUGCUCAAAUCGAAGAGCAUAUGAAUUCAGAGAUGCAUGAUAGACUUCAUCGAAUUAACAUUUAUGAGAUCAUCAAAAUGGUUGGUGAUUCAGAUGACGAUACUAUGACGUCAUCUGAUGACGUAAACACUGAGCAUGCAAAACUUCUUGAAAUGAUUAAACAACGAAGAAGGCGAUUCGGAUUGAAACGUAAAAAUGAGCCCAUAAAGCGACUCUUGGAUACGCGAGUUAUCGACACAACUAACACUACGUGGGAAAGGUUCGAUAUCAGUUCCGUGGCGCGGAAAUGGUUGACGGAAACCAAUCAUGGACUAAUUGUGGAAAUAGUGAGGGAGGACGAUGGGGAAUCUCCUAAACCAGGGGCGGACAAACACGUCAGAUUAAGGCGUGAUUUGAGCGAUAAUUUAUCCCCCGCGGAACACCACCAUACCCGUCCCUUAGUCCUGGCUUACACUGAUGAUGGUACGCAAACCAACCUUUCACGUAGAGUGAGACGUAAACGCAAAGCCAACAAACGACGAAAGAGACGCAAGAGUUGCAAACGUCAAAAUCUUUACGUAGAUUUUGCUGAAGUCGAUUGGAAUGAUUGGAUUGUAGCCCCCCAUGGAUACCACGCUUUCUAUUGUGACGGCCCCUGCCCUUUUCCUCUUGCUGAAUACAUGAACGCCACAAAUCACGCUAUCGUGCAAACGCUGGUGAAUGCAGUAGAACCACUCCUGGCCCCUAUGCCAUGCUGUGUACCAACAGAACUAAGCUCAAUAGCGAUGCUUUAUUUGGACGAAUUAGAAGUUGUCGUACUGAAAAGUUAUCAGCAAAUGACAGUAGACGCCUGCGGGUGUCGGUAGUAUCGAUUGUUAAACAAUGGCAUCCCGCCGAAAUGGCGGCAUGUUGAAAGGUUAUGCCACGUGGCAUCGGAAAGUUACAUGCCAUGUCGGGAACAAGGGCCAACAAAGGUCUGAACUCAGUGACUGAUGACGUACGCGGAAGCUUUAAUAAACAAACCAUUGUUUAUUUCCUUUAUGCAAUAUUGUUUAUAAGAAGUUCCUGCAAUUUUAUUGCGCCACAAUGGUUUCUAAGAUACUAAGGGAACAGGAACGCAUAAUCGAGUCUAUAUUUCUAGAAGACUGUAAUUUAUUGGGUUACAAUCUAUAACAGUGUUACUGGUAUGUAUCAAAAUCACACCGAAAAUAAUAAAGCCCUUUACGUGCCAAAGUUUGAGACUUGAACGAAAGAAUACCCGGACAGAAUAUGAUAUCCAAUUCCCACACGGCUACGUGUAGGAAAUUUUUCUCAAAUUCUGACUAUAGAAAAAUUAAUCAAUUUGUAUAAACAACGAAAUUCCCUGAUAUUAUUGGUCGCCAUUAGCUCAAUAGUCCGGUAUUUUUGAAAAGCGGCAUGACUCGCAAUUAUGCACUUUAUUCGAAAAUAUUUUUUCUGAAUGCGGUCUGACAUUAUGACCAAUUUGGACCGCUCUAUAACUUUAACAUUUUAAAAAACGUUUUCGAUUGGCAAACUGGCCUUCACCUCAUUGACUUCACACUGAGUUUAUAACAAAUUUGGAUACAAUUAGGGCCGCCUUCAAAUUGAGUUUCUCAAAAACCGUUUUACGAUUAACAAGCUGGCGUGCGCUUCAUCCUGCACGCUAAAUUCAUAUAAAAUUAUAAACAAAUUUGUACGAUUUCACUAAUUUUCUUUACUUGAGUCAUGAAACAGUAAUUUAUUUAUGCGCGUAGACAAUCUGAAAAUUUAUCAAUGUUAUAAGAACAGCCCGUUGUGUUAUUUAUCUUAUUUGACGCCAAAAAUCCUGGACCACGCGUAAGAUACACCGCUAUCUGUACCAGAGCCGCCGUUGUUAUUAACCCUUUCCUCACCGGACAAGUUUUACCUACCGAAUCAAGUUGAUAUACAGUAUAGAUGUUUCAAUUGAACGGUAUAUUUGUAUGUUGUUAUUGCAAUUGUGUGAAAAUGUGAGACCUGUUUUAUAGUUCCCGAUGCGGUAUUGCGAUAAAGGGUUAAUAUUACACUAACGUCAUGAGAAUACGUGAUUUUGGGGCGAGUAGGACGUGAUUUUUAGCAAAAACAGCAAACCGACAGCUUUUCCAAAAUAAUUAUCCUUGGUUUAUGUAAUCGUUUCAUCUAAAUAUCGACAAGAUAUCGUUAACAGAUUUUAAGUUGAACUAAAUUCGAAAAUGUUUACACAUAUGCGGCUUAUAUUUGGGCCUUACAAUAAAAAAAAUCUAAUUUUUCGAUCAAAGACUCUUCAAGUCUCAAAACGAUUUUGAGACGCUCUUGAGACGCUCAUACACGGGCCUGACUAUUUAAUCACAUAUCUUACCUGAUAUGCCAACAAGUUGUGACAAAACAAACUCAAAGUUAUCAAUAGGAAACCAUUUUCAAAGUCAAAUAUUGAUGUCAAAUUUUACGGCAUUUAGGGAACUUUGAUCCAAAAUAUAUAAAUAUCUAUGAGCAAUCAGAUAUAACCAGGUGAUGACGUAAAUGAUGAAAUAGUUUAAGAUCUUACUAAAUAUUUUCUUCGAUUGUAAUGCAGAGUUAGAAAUUUAGAGCCAAAUAUUUGAAAAUGAAAUAUAACGAUAUGUACGUAGAAUACCAGAGUGGGUAGGGGGAUAAAAUUUACAGCACAAUCUGAGGGGACAACCUUUUGAUGACGUCACAAAAUUGCCCCCAUUUAUAUCUUUGAAUAAUUUGGCUCCUUUUUUUUAUUCAGCGUUAAUUUUUUUUAUUUCUUGCCAAAUUCUUCAUUUUGUUUUAACUCGUAUUUUCAAAUUGUUCUUUUUUAUUAUCGAAAAUAACUAUUUUAUGAUUUUUGUGCGAAUUUAACGUUUUAUUUUUUUCGUUUCAUAUUCUGACAAUGUUGUCGCCUAAUUUAUGUAAAUCGAAUUUUGCAUACGGCAAUCCAUAUACCUGACUAGUCAUUUCGCCUCGAACAAAGCCCUAAACAAACAUUCUCAAACAGCUUAUGUUUUUUAACCUAAUAACAUUCAAUUUCCUAUAUUAGAUACAAUGUACAAUUUUACAUCUUUAGGACUAAAUUAAUAUGUUUAUCAAUUACUCAAUAUUAGAACUGGUGAGCUUUUAUAGAUAGGAAUUCUGGAAUACAAUACUAUUAAAUAUUGUUUUUCAUUACGAUACCACAUUAUUAAAUAAGGCGAAAUUAUGCAACUUUGGUAUGCGAUCUCAGUGAUCCUCAACGUGGUUUUAGGACGAUGAGAUCGCAUAACGAAGUGACACCGACGAAAGAUAUUUUUGUCAUAAAUUCGACGCGUUUUGAAUUUGAUAGCCCCAAUCAAAGUGUAACUUCCGAAGCAAAUUUUGCGUAUGUUUGAGAA